AUGUCGACAGAGCAGCCAGACGCCGGUACGGCGAACGGAGCUGGGAGCAGCAAGGCGCAGGCGCAGGGGCAGGCAUCGCUGUCUGCGAUGUGGGGUAAGCCGGCGCCUGUCCCACCGCCAGAAACAGCAACGGCGCCAACGUGGGCUGCCGUCUCCUCCUCGCCCUCAGCUCCCGACGUACCCGACGUCCCCGAUGUACAACCACCACCAACAGCAGCUCCACCUUCAGCGCAGGCAACGCUGCAGCUUCCCCUCGCGUCCCUCGCGCCGGCGAUGAGCAAGACACCUUCGGCCACCUCGACGGCGUCCAAUUCACAACCUAGGAAGAGACGGAAAAAGGAGACGGGCCCGCCGCAGGGAAAACUCGUCUUUGGCGUCAAUGGGGUCGGCGUUGGGGCGCCGUCGCCGCCCCCCGAGGAGAAGAAGAAGAAGGAGGGCAAGGGGAAGCGCAAGUCUGCUGCUGGCGAUGUCAAUGGUAAGCUCUUCCUGUUCACUGUCCACCGCCCUCCCCCACCCACCUUAUCAUCACGUGGAGCACCACACGGACUUGCCCGCGCCCUCACAAUGGACCCAGUGAGGGUGGACGAGAGCCCGAAGCUGCCGAAGAAGAUCAUGUUUGCCGCCGAUCAGAAGAGCACGACGCAUAGUUUCUUCUCCAAGCCGGCACCCGCGCCGGUUGAGCCAGUUCCACCAUCUGGCACCGCAACGCCGACCGCCGCAGGAAGUGGGGCAGCGGGGCCAGCGGGGCCGGCGAAGAAGGCGGUCCACUCGUUCUUUGCUACUGCCGGAAAGGGUGAACCCGGGACGACGAAGAAGGGAUGGGGAUGCUGCAAGGAGGGAGAGGAGCCGAGAGCUUACCUCCCUUUCAACGAGUGGGCGGAGCAUGUUGGCUGGCGCUUCGAUGGCGGCGCGACUUGGUCAGCACACCGCCCCGCCGCUCCUUCAGCAAUCGACGACGGCACGUUCUGGCGGCAUUACCUCUCUGACGAGGCUGGACCGUCGCGACCAUCGCCCAAGGCUGCCUCGGAGGCUGUAUCCGCGCCCCCCUUCGUUCUCGACCACCCGGCCAUCGCUGCUGUGGAGCGCACGCCGAAAGACGCCCAACAGUCAUGGUGCGACCUGCAUCGCCCGCGCACCGCCGCCGCCGUGCUCGGCAACGAGGUCGAAGCUACCUACCUGCGCGACUGGCUGAAGGCGCUCUCCGUCGGCGCCAUCGACAGUAAGCGUGUCAUAAGGAAGGUGCACCGGCGGAAGGCUGUGAAUCCGGAACUGUCGUGGAUCGUAGACGACGCGGGGCUGUUCGGUGAUCCCGAUCCUCUCGGCGACACUAUGUACGAGGACGACGAGAUCCCUGAACCGGUCGAGGAACCACUCCUUCCGCUGGGCGCCCGGCCGGAUCAGUACCCGAUCAUCGGCAACUGGGUCUCGAACACGAUCCUCCUCUCCGGCCCCAGCGGGACGGGCAAGUCUGCCGCCGUCCACGCAGCCGCGACAGAGCUGGGAUGGGAGGUCUUCGAGGUGUAUCCCGGUAUCGGGCGGCGUACGGGCGCGAAUCUCUUAUCCCUCGUCGGCGACGUCGGCAAGAACCACACGGUCACGCGGGAGAAGAAGGCGGACAAGAAGUCGGCUGCCGACGCCCUGAAGGCCAUGUUUGGCAAGGCGAAGCCGGCGAAACCCACGCCGCCGCCAAAGGCGAGCCAAGGCUCCGCCGCCGACCCGAUCGAGCUCGACGACGAGUCUAAGGAUCCCGACGUCGAGGUCGUCCCGUCGCCGGCGAAGGUGGUGGACACGCCCGAGCCGCCAGCCGAGUCCAAGUCGCAACAGUCCCUCAUCCUUAUUGACGAAGCGGACAUUCUCUUCGAGGAGGAGAGCAGUUUCUGGCCCGCGCUCGUGUCGCUCAUCGCCGAGUCGCGCCGUCCAGUCGUCAUAACGUGCAAUGACGCUGCCGCUGCAGACAAUCCUGCACUUCAAGCCGGCACCUUCCUACCUCGCGCAUCCCCCUACCAACCUGACCUCGUGGACCAGCCCCUGCCGCCGAACGGGAACGAGCCGGCCGAGGUGUUCGACCUCCGCGCGGCGAUCACGCAACUCCAGCUAGACCGCGGGGUUGCCAAGGAAGACAGCGGCGAAGAUGUUGGCGAUCUGGCGUCGCUGGAACAGCGGUUCGAGAACAUGUCCUUUGCGGAUGCCUUCGUCGCGCAACGCGACUGGGGACGGCUAGAGGUUGACCGCUACGCUCCUACCCCAGACGACGAGGAAGCCAAAGGGCGGCUCCUGAAGCCAUUCACGCAAGACGCGUACCCCAUCCUGGCCGUGUGCGACUGGUCCGACGCCAUCGCCGAGACCAUCAUCUCACUCUCGGGCGGUGCCAUUCCGCAGAAGAACGUGCAGUACGAGCAGACAAAGUACAUCCGGCACGUCCUCCCCCUGCUCGACGAGAUCGUGUACCUCGACGGCCGCCUUCUCCCGCACCCCUCGCUGUUCCUGGAGACGAUACCCUUUGUGCGCACAGUCGUGCGUGCCGACGACCUGCUCGUGAUCGAGGACAGCCAAGCGAGCAACGAGGGCGCACCGCGGAUCAACCGCCGCACAGGGCGUCUGAUGCGGACGGGGCGGUACGAGCGCUGGCUCGAGAUGCCGGAGGAGCUGCUCGACAUCGCGAGGUAUGGUGGCCUGGAGGCAUAG